AUGUCGUCUCUACCGUCCAAUGUCCACGUAUCCCAACAUCCCUGUCUCCGCGCAAAGGUCUCGCAGCUCCGAUCGCAAUCAACCGGAGCUCGCGAUGCCAAACGUCUGAUUCAUGACAUCUCAACCAUGCUGGGCUACGAAGCCUUGGGAUCUGCUCUAAAGUCUACACAACAAGGCACUGAUACAUCUCCACUAGGCUACGAGUUCUCAGUCGACGCCAUCUCGCCUUCUCAUGUAUCUCUCGUACCCAUCCUACGUUCUGGCUUGUCAAUGGUAGACGCCCUCCUCUCCGUCCUGCCCGACCCAGUCCCCGUAUUCCAUCUAGGCAUGUACCGCGAAAAGACCACCCUCCAACCCGUCGAAUACUACAACAAUCUCCCCUACCACUCCGCAACAACCACAUCACAGCAAACCACUCCUUCGGACACUGCAAUCCUACUCGAUCCCAUCAUCGCUACAGGCGCUACGGCGAGUGCUGCAAUCGAUACGUUGAAAGAUUGGGGUGUCAAGAGGAUAGUCAUCUGUAGUGUUUUGGCUAGUCACGAGGGUUUGGAAAAGGUCAGUCGUGUGUGGCAGGAGGGUGUAGAGAUCUGGGUAGGCGCAGUGGAUGCGGGUACAGAUGCCAAGGGGAUGAUCAAGCCUGGUCUUGGUGAUGUGGGUGAUAGACUCUUCCUCACUAUUGGCAAGUGA